GAGCACUGCCAGGAGGGUGGGGAAGAGGACUCGCCAUUGUUGCCCUCCCCAGCAUUUCCCUGUUCGCUGCCAUCAAUCUUCUCGGGUGGAGAAAAAAAGGAGCCAUCUAGUCUGGGAACCUGAAAUCAUCGCAGAGCCAGACCAGAGAAGGACAAGGAGCUGUGCAGGAGAGCAACCAGGGACACUGAUCUGACUCACCCCGUUGGCUAUUGGAAACAGCAAAAAGUUGGCAAAUUUAAUUACAGGGGGAAACAGUUGCAGAGAGAGAGGGCAGGCAAGGCCUCCCCGCUGCUGCCGCUGCCCACAGCCAGCCAGUAGAGCCAGGUCAAGAUCAGAGAUCAAAGUACUGCACUCAGAGAAAGUUAUUUUGCAUUGCCAGAGAGCCUGGCCAGGCGCCUUUGGCAAGAGAGGUGCGUGUUGAUGCAUGGCCUCCGGAAGAGAAAGGCCCAAUAUAAGCUACAGAGGGGUCCUCUUCUGAUGUGAAUGAAAGGAAGAUCAAGGCUGGUGUCUCUCCCUGGGUGUGUGGCUUUGCGGAGGGAGUCCCUUAGAGAUACUGCCCCAGCGUUACAAGGGCACAUCAGCCCAUAAUGGCCAGCUCUGCGGUAGGACCUGAGCAAGUUAAGCUCCUUCUGGCCGCGUGCAGAGAUGCAAAGGAGUUUGCCUACUGCCCCUACAGCAACUACCCUGUGGGGGCUGCCCUCCUGACCUCAGAUGGGAAGAUCUUCUCUGGUUGCAAUGUUGAAAAUGCAUGCUACCCGCUGGGGGUGUGUGCUGAGCGUACGGCCAUCCAGAAGGCAGUGUCGGAAGGGCAUACCAAAUUUCGAGCUAUAGCUGUGAUUUGCAACAGCCGAGAAUUGUACGCCACGCCCUGUGGGAGUUGCAGACAAGUGCUCAGAGAGUUUGGCAAAUACUGGGACAUCUACUUGGCCAAGGCAGAUGGGACAUACAUACAGAAGACUUUAGAGGAUUUGCUGCCUUUCUCCUUUGGACCAGAAGACCUGAAGGAGGUUUGAAGGUAGCCAAGAAAACGGAUACAACUCAGAGGCUUCGGUGACCUGAUGCUGCCUGCACGAGAGAUUCCUUUCAUUUUAUUUAUUUCAAAAUUAUUUCCGAUUCAGAGAUUUAGUUCCAAGUGUGUUUCCUGUAGCUUGCCCUGCACAUGCUGGAAGCUACCUGGGAAGUCUUUUGACUAAUAGCAAUCUACAUGGAAAUCAGAAAUGUUUUGCUGCUCAGCGCCCUGCUUAUUUCCCCUGCUAACUCUCCCCUAAAAGAGAAGAUGGCUUCAUUCCAACAUUUGCAUUCCUGGCAUGCAAUGUUUCAGGUGGAAGAUAGAAAGGUGCCUUAUAUCAGGUCAGACCAUUCGUCCAUCUAGGUCAGUAUUGUCUACCCUGACUGGCAGCAACUCUCCAAGGUUUCAGACAGGGGUCUUUUACAGCCCUACCUGGAGAUGUCAGAGAUUGAACCUGGGGCCUUCUGCAUGGAAAGCAUGUGGUCUGCCACCAGACUACAGCCCUUCCUCUAUUGCCCGGGUGAGGAAACUCUGUUGGGGCCCUUACCCUCUUUUUAUGUGACUUCAGUCUAAUUUCACGCACCUAGCAAAAAAAGGGGAAAGGCAGGGCCAAGAGAGAAAAGGUGGUGGCAGAAAGAGAGACAAGGGAAUGCCUCACUCACCACUGGGUCUGGCCCCCGACAGAUUACUCCCAAGGGACUGUAGCCCUUGACAGAAAAAGUUCCCUAUCCUUGGUCUAUUGGGAUGCAGGAAGCAGCCAUGUACCAAAUUGGUCCACCUAGCUCAGUAUUGUCUACACUGACUGGCAGUGGCUUGCCAGGGUUUCAGGAAGGGAACCUUUCCCAGCCGUAGCCGGAGAUGCCAGGAUUGAACCUGGGAAUGUUCUGCAUGCAAGGCAGAUGUUCUGACACUGAGCUAUGACCCAUCCCCUAAAGAUUAAAAAAAAAAAAUCCCAGUCCUCAGGGUUCUGAGUAAAGGGUUGAUGUAAAUAGGACAUAGAAAGCUGCUUUAUACUGCAUCAGACCAUUGGGCUAUCAAGCUUAUAUUUCUCUGAAGCUCACCUGGGUCUCAGAUGACUUGGAUGGCAGUGACUGAAUCUGAGGUUUUCUGCAUGCAAAGCUUCACCACUAAGGUACACCCCUGCACUUCCAGGACUGGAUUUAAUCAGGACGCACAACAUUUAUGACUAGAAUUCCAGCCAAACCUUUUUUCCAAAGAGGUUACUUUUGUGAAUCGCCAUGCAAAAUAUACACCAAUAUCAAACCAUAGUGGAUGAUUGCAGAGCUGUCCAGCUUUUGUUUAUUUAAGACAUUUAUACUCCACUCUUUCUUACAAAACAUCAAGAGCAAGGCAGGCUUACCAUCUAAAAGACAUGACACAUAAGGAAAAGAAGAGAGGUAGGGGAGGGGGUAAGCACGCAAAGCCCCAGUUCGUAGGGCUACAGGUCUUAUAACACAAGCUCUAUAGCUCUGUCUACACGGAUUCUGGCAGUUUUAGAGAACAUCCCUCCCCACACACAUACCUGCGAGCAAAACUGGUGGUGAUUAGAGGUGGGUGAGAAUUUUGAUUCCGUUCACAUUUCAAGCAGAAUUUAUCAAAUUUGCAAUUUCCAAAAUAAUAUAACCGAAAUACUGUCAUCCUUCCAAAUUUGCAUUUAUUAGAAUUUUGGGAUGUAGUUCACCAACGAAACAUUUACAAAACUGUUCAUAUUAGGGGACAGUGUGGAUAAAAAUAAAUGUAUGAGUGAAAGAAAAUAA